AUGGACGCGCGCAUUCACGCAUGCGUGCUGUUUCUAUUAUGUCUCCUUCAGAUAACUUUACCAUACAACAUAAGGAAUCAUCCAUGUUGUCUCGAACCAAACGAGAACCUGACGCUAGCAAUGAUCAUAGACGCGUUUGAAAUCUACGGACACGACCCAACGGACAAGUUGGAUAACCUGUGGCUGUAUCAGAACGAGAUGAUGAGGAUUAAGACUGCUGAGGAUCAGUAUCUAAUCAACGAAAGAGUGCACAUAGCAACGGAUCAUUUGGGACGUUUUAUCAAACUACACAUACAGGAACUAAAGGUCCUGCUGAUAACAUUAGACGACGUUAUAGACAACAUGCUAACGAUGUAUGAGAACCACAACUCAGUGGCUGCUGAACGCAAGGCUACUUACACCGGUGGUCCAGUGCCUAUGGAAUUUUACAUGAGUCAAGAAUUCUACUGUGGUAAAAACGUGUACAUCUUUAUAUCGGAGUUAUACAGCGACAUAUACAAUAUGGGUAAAGGAGUGGCCCCCUACUGCAAGGACAGAUCCUUCGUCUUCCUCGGUUUCCUGCACUUCCACGACGAGACUAAAUACUACUUACUGGACGAUCCGAGCAUCUCCUUCCCAACUGACAACUAUUUGCACGGUUUAGAGUGCCAUAUGGGUAUUUGUAUAUUCAGGUUCCCAUUCAAGAAGCUCCUCCAAAGAGUGCGAGACGUGUCCGCACUUCCAAAGGCUAUCGUCAAAUGUGGUACGGAGAUGUACAAACUCCCGCCUCUAUCUGCUGCCUCCUGCAUCAUUACGUCAGGGUCCUUCAUUCUGGACUUCAAUAUACAAGGAGUCCGAUAUAGACACUAUGACUACUUGCUGACUAUACCCAACGGCCAUACCUACUACACCAAAGAAGCUCACUCCCCACUAGUCUGCGACCACCACGUUUGUGAAUGGAACUACACCAACCAUUAUGGAGGUACAGUACGGCCGACGUAUCUUGGCGAGUCUGAAAAAACUCAACUCACUACAUCCGUGCCAGAGAGGAACCAGGCAUUGUUGCUUCCAAUUUAUAGUUUGUCAAGUCUGAUUAUUCCAAAGUCUAUGGACACAAGCAUUGCCACUAUGAACAUUGACCAAUCAGAGAGCAGACCAUUCCUGAUUCCUGGUGAUCCAGGUACAGGGAUUGACGCAGUGCCCCCCUACAUCGAGCCCACGCCAAAACCAGAUGGGGUGCUCGAAGAGGAGAAUAUCACUGUCCCUUAUAUCCUGGACGGAUGCUUGUUCAUGUAUCCGCCAAACUAUGGCUCCAUCGCGGGCAAGAGUUACUUGGACACAAUUGACCUACACGACGACAGGUUUACUUGCAACGCCGCUGGAGGGAACAAAGGUCUCUACUGGUACCCACAAUGGAUGGGUGCAAUGCCCCACCACCCGUACCCAGCACUAGGCGAAGAAAAGGACGCGUUCGAAGCACCCGGCGCCUUCUACCCACACCAACAAGGAUACGACAUGGACGAACAGGAUAUCGAAUAA